AUACAUAUAAACUAUAUAAUAGUAAUAUUUUAAAAUUUAAUAUUUAUUCAGAUAAAAGGCAUCUAAUAUUUGUACUGUUUUUUCUUUUUCAGUUCCAACUCAAAAAAAAUCUCUUCGUUCCCACUUUCCGCUUGUCUGUAUCUGUUAAAAAGAUUUUAGCUUUCGCAUGAAACCAUGGAACCGCCGGAGAAUUGCAGCAACGGCGGCGGAGACUGUUCGGUCUCCGGCUUUGACGCGGCGGAGAAGGUGAUCAUGCGGUGGGACUCGACAGCGUCCGAGGAAGCCAGAGACAGGAUGAUAUUCACUGAUCCUCACGAGGUGAAGCUCUACCUCCUCGCCGUCGACGAAAUCCAACGGUCCGCUUCCUCCGUCGGCGCCGGAGAAUCGGAGAGCCGAGCGAGCUCCGCCAUCCAGAUCGCCAUGGCUCGGCUCCGGGAUGAGUUCAGGAACAUUCUCGUCAGCCACAGCUCUCCGAUCGAUUCAGACUCCCUCCUCGUCGAUCCGACGUCGUCUUUCUCCUCCGCUCACGGCCUUGAUCUCGAAGACGAGGUUUCCGGAAAUGUCGACUGCAACGAGGAGGAUCAUCACGAGCAGGAGGAGGAAGAAGAGUCGACGGAUCUCCUGAAACGGGCCGGGUCGAGCUCUGGCUCGGGUUCCGGGUCGGGUUCUGUUCGACUGCCGACGUGUCGGGGCAGUUACAGCAGAUCCACGAGCAGUAUUCGUGAGAUCGAGCUGAUUCCGGUGGAGGCGGUGGUGCAUCUGAGCUGGAUCGCUCGCCGAAUGGUCGCCGCCGGUUAUCUCCGGGAGUGCAUUCAGGUGUACGGAAGCGUACGGAAGUCCGCCGUCGAUUCGAGCUUCCGGCGACUGGGGAUCGAGAAGCUGAGCAUCGGAGACGUGCAGAGGCUGGACUGGGAGGCUCUGGAGCAGAAGAUCCGGCGAUGGAUCCGAGCGGCGAAGGUCUGCGUCCGCGUCGUUUUCGCGAGCGAGAAGCGGCUCUGCGAGCACGUCUUCGAUAGCGUCGGCGCCGUCAACAUCCACGAAGCUUGUUUCAUGGAGACCGUCAAGGGACCGGCGAUUCAGCUCUUCAACUUCGCGGAGGCGAUAAGCAUCAGCCGGAGAUCGCCGGAGAAGCUCUUCAAGAUCCUCGAUCUCCACGACGCGUUGAUGGAGCUUCUGCCGGACAUCGAGGCCGUCUUCGAUUUGAAAUCGUCAGAUUCGAUUAGGGUUCAAGCGGCGGAGAUUCUGUCAAGAUUGGCGGAAGCCGCGAGGGGGAUUUUGUCGGAAUUCGAAAACGCAGUUCUUCGAGAACCUUCGAGAGUCCCCGUUCCAGGAGGAACGAUUCAUCCAUUGACGAGGUACGUCAUGAACUACAUAAGCUUGAUCUCCGAGUACAAACCCACACUGAUCGAUCUCAUCAUGUCGAAACCGUCGAGAAAUCCAUCGGAUUCGAACUCACCGGAAUUCGAUUUCUCCGAACUGGACCACAAAUCUCCAUUAGCCCUCCACCUGAUCUGGAUCAUCGUGAUCCUGCAAUUCAACGUUGAGGGCAAAUCCAAGCACUACAGAGACGCCGCACUGUCUCAUCUCUUCAUCAUGAACAACGUCCACUACAUCACUCAGAAGAUCAAAGGAUCGCCGGAGCUACGAGAGAUGAUCGGAGACAACUACCUGAGGAAGCUAACCGGGAGAUUCCGCCAAGCCGCCACUUAUUACCAAAGAGCCACUUGGGUUAAGGUCUUGUAUUGCCUCAGAGACGAAGGGUUGCACACGAAAGGGAGCUUCUCCUCUGGCGUGUCGAGAAGCGCAUUGAGAGAGAGAUUCAAAUCGUUCAACGCUCUGUUCGAAGAAGUUCACAGAGUUCAAUCGCAGUGGUUGAUUCCCGACACUCAACUGAGAGAAGAGCUGAGGAUAUCGAUAUCGGAGAAGCUGAUUCCCGCCUACAGAUCGUUUCUCGGGCGAUUCAGGAGCCACAUUGAAAGCGGUAAACACCCCGAGAACUACAUCAAGUUCUCCGUCGAGGAUCUCGAGACCGGAGUUCUCGAUCUGUUCGAAGGCUUAAAUGCAACUCAGCAUCUUCGAAGACGAUCACAAUGAGGUAAGUUCUUAUUCAAAAAGAUUCGGGGUUUAGGAUUCUUCGAGAGAGGAAAAAAAACACAGAUUCUUUGGAUUCUUUUGGCAAUCUGGAUUCUUGGAGGAGCAACAAUGAAGUUCGAUGAUAUUUGUCAGAUUCUUGAGUUCUGCUGCUUAUAAUAUAUAUAUAUAUAUAUAUAUACACAUAUACACUUAUGGUUUGGUUUCUUGCCAAACUCUUUUGCUUCUUUGGUUAAAUUUUGUUUGUUCAUAUGUGGUGAAGUGAGGAGCUGUUUGUAUGUUUUGUAAUGUUGUUAUUUUUGUUGUCUUCCCCUUUUUCCUUCUGCGUUUGCUGCUUGUCACCGAUUUUUCCAUUUUGAUUCUUUUAGGGAAAG